AUGAAGCGACUAUUUUUGUUGCCAUUCCUACUAGUGUUCACUGUGAUUGAUGCAAUUGGGAUUUCUGUCGCACCCAUCCAAUUAGGUGAUCAAAAGCGAUAUUCUGGGUUGAAUAACUUACUCAACUGUCUCAGUUAUUCGACAGAAAAAGAUGAUAUGGUGGUGAUCCAAAUUAAAAGUGGCGACAAACAGCUAUCCCAAUCUUUGAACUUGAAUAUAUUCGAUAACCACAAUUAUCGAAUAAGAUACAGCGAGGACAUCCAAGGAGAUGUCAAUGUUUUAUUCAAGAAUUUGAACACCGAGCAUUCAGAUAAGAAGGGCCUUUUUCACCUUCUGUCUAAAAAAACUGAUCUGAAAUCUCAGGGCUCUGCUAUUUAUAUAUGCUUCGACAAUUUGUACGAAGACAAGUCAUGGACUUUUCAUCCCAAGACAAGAGACAUAGAAUUUACCGUGGACAUCAAGAAUCGUUCGACAAUUCACGGCACUAAUUAUCAAAAUUUUGCAUCUUAUUUUCCAUCUUCACAGGAACAGCAAGAAGAUGGCACUAUAGUGCCACAGAAAGAAUUUGCAAAAGAUGACUUUGAAAAAAACAUAAAUGCCUUGAAACUGAAGUUGGCCGAUGUCAAAGAGAACUUAAAGAAAUCUGAGUAUUUAUCACGUACUUUGGUGGAUCAAGAGUUUAAAUUAAGAGACGUAAAUGAGAAUAUUUUUUCUGGUUAUACUUUGAUAUCUAUCGUCAUAAUUGUUGUGAUUUGUAUAUUUGGAAUCGGUCAAGCUGUUUUUUUUUGGGUGUACUUGAAAAGAAAAAGAAUCAUAUGA